AGCUCGAGCUCCAGGUCAACCUGCCAUGCCACGGCCUCGCCGUCCGCAUCACCCUCGCAAUUACUCAACCACCGGCCAGCCCAAUUGUCGAAAUGGCAGUCACCCGCAUGCAGGAUCCUCCCUAAACCACUCGAUCCCUUCCCCACUCCUCAUCCAGGUAGAUCCCAACAGCCGAUCAGAUCUCCUCGUCCACGGCUUGCCUCGGCCAUUGGGCUUUGGGCGAGUAGUACUGCCGCUUGGGGAAGGCGGAGGAGAGAUCGGCAGGUCUUGAUUCCUCGAUCGCCAUGGACGGGCUCAUCAAGGGGCUGAUCAACGUGGCCAUCGACGCCGUCGAGGGCGCCGGGCGUGGGGGGGAGCGGGUCGACGGAGACGCGCCGAGGAGGCACCGCCCGGCGCGGGAGGACGAGGAGGAGGAGGUGGGCCGCGGCGACGAGCGGUCGCGGUCGACCUGGGCCGAGGUGGUCUCCGAUCACAAGGGCGGCGAGCCGGAGGAGCGACCGGACCACCGGAACUCGAGGCGGGAGGGGAGACAAGAGAGGAGAGACGAUGAGGAUUGGGAGAGGGUGAAUGCCAGGAAGCAGUAUCAGCGCAACCAGUAUGAGGAAGAGGACAGGAGGGACAGUAGCAGCCGACGCCCGCAGCAGCAGCAGCAAGCGCCAGCAUACACGAGGCAGCAACAGGAUGGAAAAGAGAGAAACGAUGGAGAGUGGCAGACAGUUGGUGAGAAAAAGCGUCAUGGAAAACCAUACCAGUCUGAAGCAUGGAAUGCAUAUAAAAGGCCACCAUCCGAACAACAGUACUCUGAGGAUGCUGGUCGGAUCCACCAUGCUCUAAAUGUUGAACCAACAAGGGAGGAACUCAACAGUUUAUCGAAUGCAUGUAACCGGCUGUGGGAGCUCGACAUGAACCGCCUAACACCUGGCAAGGACUACAGAAUUGAAUGUGGCGAAGGGAAGAAAGUAUAUCAGAAGGGUGAUAUGGCAUCUGAAACUUUGUUCAGCUGGCUAGGAGAUGAUGUGCUUAGAAAGCCCACCUACUCUCGUUUCUGCGCGCUUCUUGAUAAUUACAAUCCACAUCAAGGGUACAAAGAAGUUAAAACUCAGCAGGACAAGCACGAGGAAGUAGCAUUCAUUGAAGAGAUUGCCAGGACGGCGCCAAUCAAGUACUUACACCGGUAUUUAGUGCUGAAGGGAGUCGCAUCUCAAGACUACGAGGACUUCAAGAGAACGCUGACAUCCCUAUGGUUUGAUUUGUACGGAAGAGGUGGCAGUUCUAGCAGCUCUUCUGCAUUUGAGCAUGUGUUCGUUGGUGAGAUCAAGGGGCGAGGACAAGGAGAGAAUGAGGUUUCAGGAUUCCACAACUGGAUCCAGUUUUACCUGGAAGAAGCCAACGGGAAUGUGGAUUACCAAGGUUACAUAUUCCCAAGGAGGCGUGGGGAAUCGCCUGAUUCAGAGACACAGCUACUGACCAUUCAGUUCGAGUGGAAUGGUGUUCUGAAAUCAGUGUCCAGCACUUUGAUAGGUGUCAGCCCUGAAUUUGAGGUUGCACUCUACACACUCUGCUUCUUCAUGGGAGGGGAAGAUAACCGCGUCGAGAUUGGUCCAUACGCAGUAAACAUCAAGUGCUACCAGAUGGGGAACAGCAAAAUUGGGUCAGCAUUUCCCAUUGCAGAGAACUGAAUUUGUUUGUUGACCUGCUUCUACAUGCCUGUAAUUUUUCAGCUUUCAGUUACACGAAGUUAAAUUGUGCGCUGUUCGAUUUGGUCGUUCACACGAAAGAACCAUAUUGUUCCAUAGGUUGUCACCAAUAUUUCUAGUAGGCAGUAGUAGUACUACUACUACCUAGGCACUACUGAAUAUUGUAUUGUUUGGAUCAACCAUACUGUACAUUUGUAGUCACAAAGUCACAUAAUAAAUUGUUUUUUUUAAAAAA